GACUGUGGGAAGAGUUUCACAACAUCAAAGGUUAUGACAGUUCAUCAGAGAGUGCACACUGGAGAGAAGCCUUACUCCUGCUCUGAUUGUGUAAAAUGCUUCACAACAUCAGCUAAGCUAAAACGUCAUCAGAGAACACACACAGGAGAGAAGCCUUACUCCUGCUCUGACUGUGGGGCAAGUUUCUCUCAUCAGGGCACCUUAAAACAACAUGAACGUAUACAUACAGGAGAGAAGCCUUACUCCUGCUCUGACUGUGGAAAGAGUUUCUCUCGACUGGGCGACCUAAAAAAACAUAAACGUAUACACACAGGAGAGAAGCCUUACUCCUGCUCUAAUUGUGUAAAAUGCUUCACAACAUCAGCUGAGCUAAAAUGUCAUCAGAGAACACACACAGGAGAGAAGCCUUACUUCUGUUCUGAUUGUGGAAAUAGUUUCUCUCGACUGGGCGACCUAAAAAAACAUAAACGUAUACACACAGGAGAGAAGCCUUACUCCUGCUCUGACUGUGUAAAGUGGUUCAAAACAUCAACUGAGCUAAAAGUUCACCAGAGAACACACACAGGAGAGAAGCCUUACUCCUGCUCUGACUGUGGGGCAAGUUUCUCUCAAUCUAGCAACUUAAAAAAACAUGAACGUAUACAUACAGGAGAGAAGCCUUACUCCUGCUCUGACUGUGUAAAAUGCUUCAGAACAUCAACUGAGCUAACAGUUCAUCAGAGAACACACACAGGAGAGAAGCCUUACUCCUGCUCUGAUUGUGUAAAAUGCUUCACUUCAUCAACUGCGCUAACAGUUCAUCAGAAAACACACACAGGAGAGAAGCCUUACUCCUGCUCUGAUUGUGUAAAAUGCUUCACUUCAUCAACUGCGCUAACAGUUCAUCAGAAAACACACACAGGAGAGAAGCCUUACAUCUGCUCUGACUGUGGGACUAGUUUCUCUCGACUGGGUGACCUAAAAAAACAUAAACGUAUACACACAGGAGAGAAGCCUUACUCCUGCUCUAAUUGUGUAAAAUGCUUUACAACAUCAGCUGAUUUAAAAUGUCAUCAGAGAACACACACAGGAGAGAAGCCUUACUCCUGCUCUGAUUGUGGAAAUAGAUUCUCUCGACUGGCUGAGCUAAAAUGUCAUCAGAGAACACACACAGGAGAGAAGCCUUACUUCUGCUCUGACUGUGGGACUAGUUUCUCUCGACUGGGCCACUUAAAAAGAUAUGAACGUAUACAUACAGGAGAGAAGCCUUACUCCUGCUCUGACUGUGUAAAAUGCUUCAGAACAUCAACUGAGCUAACAGUUCAUCAGAGAACACACACAGGAGAGAAGCCUUACUCCUGCUCUGACUGUGUAAAAUGCUUCAGAACAUCAACUGAGCUAACAGUUCAUCAGAAAACACACACAGGAGAGAAGCCUUACUCCUGCUCUGACUGUGGGGCAAGUUUCUCUCAUCAGAGCACCUUAAAACAACAUGAACGUAUACACACAGGAGAAAAGCCUUUCUCCUGCUUUGACUGUGGGGCAAGUUUCUCUCAACUGGGCACAUUAAAAAAACAUGAACGUAUACAUACAGGAGAGAAGCCUUACUCCUGCUCUGACUGUGUAAAAUUC